UUUUUUUUUUUUGGAGUUUAUUAAAAUUUAAAAGGGUGUUUUUUUUUUUUGUCUUUUUUUUUUUUAAAGUCAUUAAACAAUUUUGCAUUUAGGGUUUUUUUUGUACUGCAUUUAAUACAUAAAAGUUUGUGAAUUGCCUCCAACACUUUUAGCAAAAAAAACCUAGUUCCGAUGAUAUAAAGGUGAAGCAGUCAAGGGUUUAUUCUUUUACUGAACACCCUAGUUUUGUGGCCGUUAUAUAAAAGAUUUAGCUAGUUAAAUAUGUUGUCACAAAUUCUGAAUUUGGCAGAGAGAACAGAAAUGGAGGAAUUGAUAGGAAACAUGAUUGAAGGAUUGAACUCGGAAAUCAAGCAAUGCGAACAUUCUGCAUUCGUGAACAACACUUGCACAUCUUGCAAAAAAACCAUAAACGAGUGCGACAAUCCCACCACCAUACCACUCCACUACCUUCAACCCGAAUUCUCCGUCACAGGCGAAACGAUGACCCGCCUUCGGAACCGGAAUUUCAACGACCUGAUCAAACACAAGAAGCUCCACCUAGUUCUCGACCUGGAUAACACGUUAAUACACGCGUCAGACCUCGGACAAAAGCUUAAGGAAGAUGAUGAUAUAUACGAGAUUUUGUACGGUAUGUAUUUGAUCAAGUUAAGGCCUGGAGUUCGUGAUUUUCUGGAAAAAGCGAGCACCAUGUUUGAGAUAUCGAUUUGCACCAUGGCUGAUGAAGUCUACGCGGAGGCGGUGGCUAAAUUGCUUAAAUCGAACAAGGUGAGCGAAAACCUUAGGUUUUCGAGGGUGAUAUGUCAUGAGCAUUACACGAAUUCGAAUCGAAAGGGGCUUGAUAUUGAGUUGUCUCAUGAACGGGUGGUUUUGAUUGUGGAUGAUUGUGAAGAGGUUUGGGUGGAUGAAAAUAAGGCUAAUUUAAUCAAAAUUAAACCUUAUGUUUCUUUCAAUCAAAAGUCGGAUAAUAAUAAUGAUCAGGAUCAGGAUCAAGAUCAAGAACUUGCUAGAGUUUUGGAUGUUCUAAAGACAGUCCAUUCUGUCUUUUAUGAUGACAAUGAAGAGAAUUAUGCUUCUAAGGAUGUAAGGCAAGUGCUUCAGAAUGUCAGGCAAGCUUAAUUAGUUGAGCAAUAAUAUGGUGGUUUAGUAGGAGUCUAAGCUUCUUUCAUUGUUUUUUUUGUUUCGUUUAAUUCAUCAAUGAUUAUAAUGUUCUCUUUGAUCUGAUUAAGAAAUUGAUAAUUGCAAAUUGCAACAUGAAUGUACACACAAACAU